AUGUCCUUUCCCACAAACCCUCACCGUGGCCGCCUCGCAGCAACCACUACAACCGCAAACGUAGAAUGCCAUAAACAAGUUCGUUCAUGGCGGCUCCUUCGCAUCAUCGUCCAAGUUCUCAUACCAUCUUGCUACUGCACGCUCGUAGAACCAAAUUAUAAUCAAGAAGACAAAUCCCACCACCAAAUCAAACCACAAACCUCUUCCGCUACCACACAAGUCUCCUCUUUCACCGGAACAAUCUUUGGUUUCCGCCGUGGCAAAGUAAACUUCUCCAUCCAAGCAACGAACUCCAAAACCCUAAAUCCAAUAAUUAUCCUCUUAGAGCUCACCGUCCCAACCGAGGUAUUAGCCGGCGAAAUGCGAGGAGGCGUGCUAAGAAUCGCUUUUGAUUCAAACAAUAACGAGGGUAAGAUUUGUCAUCUUCUUACAAUACCUUUAUGGAACAUGUAUUGCAAUGGUCGGAGAGUCGGUUUUGCCAUCAAAAGAGAGCCUUCAAAAUCCGAGCUAGCCGCCUUGAAGGUGCUUACUCCGGUGACUGAAGGAGCCGGAGUUGUUAACGGUGAAGAGAUUAACCGAGAUAAGAGUGGUCAUAUGAUGUACCUAAGAGCGAGUUUCAAACGAGUUUUUGGAUCGUUUAAUUCGGAAUCCUUUCAUCUCAUCGAUCCACGUGGGAUUAUCGGACAAGAACUAAGUAUCUUCUUUUUUAGAUCGUCACACAAAUGA